CGGAUGUUUCUUAGAGCUGCCAGAAUAGGACCAGUGAAGAUGUGGGCAAAGCUCCAUGUGCUUGCGCUGGUUUUGUUUUCCAAAGGUGUCUUCCUUUCCCUAGGUGACCACAACUUUAUAAGGAAAGAAAUUAAGAUUGAAGGAGACCUUGUUUUUGGUGGUCUGUUCCCAAUUAAGGAAAAGGGCUCUGGUGCAGAUGAAUGUGGGAGAAUCAAUGAAGACCGAGGCAUCCAACGUUUGGAGGCAAUGUUGUUUGCUAUCGAUCAGAUCAACAAGGACAGUCAUUUGCUUCCAGGAAUUAAGCUUGGCGUUCAUAUUUUGGAUACUUGCUCAAGGGACACAUAUGCAUUGGAGCAGUCCCUGGAGUUUGUCAGGGCUUCUUUGACUAAGGUGGAUGAAGCAGAGUACAUGUGUCCCGAUGGAUCCUACGCGAUUCAAGAAAAUGUUCCAUUACUCAUUGCAGGUGUCAUUGGAGGUUCUUACAGCAGCGUCUCCAUACAGGUGGCAAAUUUGCUAAGGCUCUUCCAAAUUCCUCAGAUCAGUUAUGCAUCCACCAGCGCCAAGCUGAGUGACAAGUCUCGGUAUGACUAUUUUGCCCGCACGGUCCCACCUGACUUCUACCAAGCAAAAGCAAUGGCUGAGAUCCUACGGUUCUUUAACUGGACCUAUGUGUCAACGGUGGCAUCCGAAGGAGAUUAUGGAGAGACAGGGAUCGAAGCUUUUGAACAAGAAGCCCGUCUCCGAAAUAUAUGCAUUGCCACCUCGGAGAAGGUGGGCCGCUCCAAUAUCCGAAAAUCUUAUGACAGCGUCAUCAGAGAGUUGCUCCAGAAACCCAAUGCCAGAGUGGUUGUCCUGUUUAUGCGCAGUGAUGACUCUCGGGAACUCAUUGCAGCAGCCAACCGAUUCAAUGUUUCCUUUACAUGGGUUGCCAGCGAUGGGUGGGGAGCACAGGAGAGUGUUGUGAAGGGCAACGAGCAUGUUGCAUAUGGUGCCGUCACCCUAGAACUGGCUUCCCAUCCAAUCAAAGAAUUUGACCAAUACUUCCAAAGCCUCACCCCAUACAAUAACCAUCGCAAUCCCUGGUUCAAGGAUUUUUGGGAGCAGAAGUUCCAGUGCAGCCUUCAGAACAGAAAGGCCCACCGAAAAGCUUGCGACAAACAUUUAUCCAUCAACAGUUCCAACUACGAACAAGAGUCCAAAAUCAUGUUUGUGGUGAAUGCUGUCUACGCAAUGGCCCAUGCUUUGCAUAAAAUGCAACGGACCAUGUGCCCAAACACUACUAAGCUUUGUGAUGCCAUGAAGCAUUUGGAUGGCAAGAGACUUUACAAAGACUACCUACUGAAAGUCAACUUUACAGCCCCAUUCAGUUCUUCCAAAUCUGCAGACAACGUGGUUAAGUUUGACAUUUAUGGAGAUGGAAUAGGCCGAUACAAUGUCUUCAAUUUCCAGCACAGUGGAGGCAAAUACUCCUACUUAAAGGUUGGCCAGUGGGCAGAAACCCUCACCCUCAAUGUGGACUCUAUUCACUGGUCCAGAGGCAUUGUUCCCACUGCCCAGUGCAGCGAUCCCUGUGCACCCAAUGAGAUGAAGAACAUGCAACCAGGAGAUGUCUGCUGUUGGAUUUGCAUUCCCUGUGAGCCCUUUGAGUACCUGGCUGAUGAGUUCACCUGUUCGGACUGCGGCCCUGGGAGAUGGCCCACAGGGGAUCUCACCAGCUGUUAUGACCUGCCAGAAGAUUACAUCAAGUGGGAAGACGCCUGGGCAAUCGGCCCUGUGACGAUCGCAUGCCUGGGCUUCCUUUGCACUUUCCUCGUUGUGGGGGUCUUUAUCAAGCAUAACAACACUCCUUUGGUCAAAGCUUCAAGUCGUGAGCUGUGCUACAUCCUCCUCUUUGGAGUCUUCCUCUCCUACAGCAUGACCUUCUUCUUCAUUGCCAAGCCUUCGCCGGCCAUCUGCACCUUGCGCCGUCUGGGCCUGGGCACAUCCUUUGCCAUUUGCUAUGCUGCUCUCCUGACAAAAACAAACUGCAUCGCUAGAAUAUUUAAUGGGGUGAAGAACGGGGCCCAGAGGCCCAAAUUCAUCAGCCCACGUUCUCAGGUCCUCAUCUGCCUGAGCCUCAUCAUGGUGCAGAUCGUGGUGGUGUCCGUGUGGCUGAUUUUGGAGGCCCCAGGCACUCGCCGGCACACUCUUCCUGAGAAAAGGCAGACUGUCAUAUUGAAGUGCAAUGUCAAGGAUUCCAGUAUGCUCAUCUCUUUGUCAUACGAUGUGAUCCUUGUGGUCUUAUGCACUGUCUAUGCCUUCAAAACAAGGAAGUGCCCAGAAAACUUCAACGAAGCCAAAUUUAUUGGCUUCACAAUGUAUACAACGUGCAUUAUUUGGCUGGCCUUUCUGCCAAUCUUUUAUGUGACAUCCAGUGACUACAGGGUUCAGACCACAACCAUGUGCAUCUCUGUAAGUCUGAGCGGCUUUGUCGUCCUGGGAUGUUUGUUUGCCCCCAAAGUGCAUAUCGUCCUCUUCCAGCCUCAAAAGAAUGUGGUUACGCACAGGCUGCAUCUCAACAGGUUCAGCGUCAGUGGGACAGGAACCACUUAUUCCCAAGCUUCUGCUAAUGUGUAUGUUCCAACUGUCUGCAAUGGAAGAGAAGUUGUGGAUUCCACCACCUCGUCUCUGUGA